AUGAGUAACGGUGUAGAUCGUCCUUCGAGAAAUAGACAAUCCAUAUCAGGAGCCAUCUCAGUGUCUCUGGGACUGAAUAGACAGGUUCAUCGCAAUAGCGAUGGUGAAUUUACCAAUUAUAAUAACACUAACAAUAAUGGAGGAAGAAUUAAUCAGAAUGAUUCAUCUUCCAUAGAAAUAGUAUCACCACCUUUUUACAAUUCAAAUAACUAUGCAGGCCGUUCAUAUCUAGGUGGUGGAUUUUUAUCAGCUUCCCCAAAGAUGAAUCUGCAACAACGAAAUGAUGAUUCCUCAGUAUUACCAAUUGAUCGAAGUAGAAGUAAAUCCAUUCAUGGUUCUCAAAUAAUUCACAGACAGACGGCAGAACUUUCGAACAAUUUUAGUGAUGACACAACUGGUAUGGAAGAAGUACGAAAUCGUUAUGAUGCUAUGGAGGAUGAAAAUUCAUCGUUACACCAUUAUAUGACGCAUCAAGAUUAUCAAACAUUACCUGGGGGCACAGAUGAAGAUUGGACGAAUAAUAAUAAUAGCCAAACUGCGAGAGCUAGCGGCAGUAGCAUCGUCCAAUUUGGUCAAGAUGUAUUACAUUAUUUCCCUUCAGCAGUGUUAGGUCUCCUUCUAAACAUUUUGGAUGGAUUAUCAUAUGGUAUGAUUAUUUUCCCUAUUACUGAACCUAUAUUCUCUCAUUUGGGAUCAACCGGGUUAUCGAUGUUUUACAUUUCCACCAUAAUAUCACAAUGUCUUUACUCAGGUGGUCUUUCCAGUUUUACGUCAGGUAUUGGUAGUGAAAUGAUUGAAGUUACACCUUUUUUCCAUACAAUGGCAUUUGCCAUUAGAGAUGCUAUUCCAGGUCAAGACGAUGAUAUUAUUACAACCACCAUAUUUUGUUAUGCAAUCAGUUCUGUGGUCACAGGUAUUACAUUUUAUUUAUUGGGUAAAUUAAGAUUAGGCAAAAUCGUUGGAUUUUUUCCUAGACACAUUUUAAUUGGUUGCAUUGGUGGUGUUGGAUAUUUCCUCUUAAUAACUGGAUUGGGUGUUACUACUAGACUCGCCAAGAUUGAGUAUACCUGGGAAUUUUUAAAGAAACUGUUCUUAGAUACAGAUAUUUUAUGGAAAUGGCUUUUACCUGUUGUGCUAACGAUCUUACUUGUGAAUACUCAGAAAUGUUUUCAAAACUCCUUGGUUUUACCUUCUUUCUACAUCGUUACUUUGAUUUUAUUCCAUUUUGUCGUAGCAAUUGUACCCAGUAUCUCAUUGGACCAAUUGAGAGAUUUAGGGUGGAUUUUUCCAGCAGCUACUUCGAAGGACAGAUGGUUUGAUCACUACAAAUUAUUUGAUUGGCAUAAAGUACAUUGGAAUUUGGUUCUGGCCCAGAUUCCUACAAUGUUAGCAUUGACUUUCUUCGGUAUUUUGCAUGUCCCCAUCAACGUUCCAGCACUGGCCAUUUCUUUACAUAUGGAUAAAUUCGAUGUCGACAAAGAAUUAAUUGCCCAUGGUUAUUCCAAUUUUAUCAGUGGUAUGGUAGGAUCGAUUCAAAACUAUUUGGUUUAUACAAAUAGUGUUCUUUUCAUUCGUGCUGGUGCUGAUUCUCCAUUCGCUGGUUAUAUGCUGGCCAUUUUGACUUUUGCAGUUAUGGUCAUUGGUCCUGUUAUUGUUUCAUUUAUACCAAUCUGUAUCGUUGGUUCUUUGAUCUUUUUACUCGGUUACGAACUAUUGGUGGAAGCAUUAUUGGACACUAGGGGAAAAGUAACCAAUUUCGAAUACAUUACCAUCGUGAUCAUUGUGCUCACAAUGGGAAUUUACGAUUUUGUUCUCGGUGUUAUUGUAGGAAUUUUAAUUGCCUGCUUUUCAUUUCUGGUGGAUAGUACUAAAUUACAAACUAUUAACGGUGAAUUCGAUGGUAAAGUGGCAAGGAGUACUGUUAAUCGUGAUUACGUGCAAAGCAAUUUCUUAAACGGAGUUGGUGAACAAAUCUAUGUGUUAAAAUUACAAAACGUUCUUUUCUUUGGUACUAUCAUAUCUAUUGAAGAAAAAAUUGAUAAGUUAUUAGAAAUCACUGAUUCCAAAAGUUCCAGUAAGCGUAGAAUCAAAUAUUUGAUUCUUGACUUCAAAAACAUUAACGCCGACAAUAUCGAUUAUUCUGCAGCCGAAGGUUUCAAUAGGAUUAAAAGAUUUACACAGACCAAAAGAAUCAAACUAAUCAUUUCAUCCAUUAAGGAAAGAGAUCACAUCUACAAUGUUUUCAGCAAUGUGGGCCUAUUAGACGAUGUGGAAUUGUUCAAUGAUUUAAACGGUGCCUUAGAAUGGUGUGAAAACGAAUUUUUAGGUGAGUAUAAGAAGCUACGUGAUAGAGCAAGAGAAAAGAUGCAGCAUAGUUAUAACGUUACCUCUGCUAUUGAAGCCGCUGCUGCUAAAAAAGUACCAACAGAUAAUAAUCAAAUAUCCAAGAAGAAUUUAUCAUUGCUUAACUUUAGAAACCUAUCGUCAUUACCGAUGAAUACUCCACGUAACCAUCAAAUGCUUUCAGUGGCUCAAAACAUGUUCAAUGACGAAGAAGAUGUUGAUGCCUUGGAAGAUGAGAGCUGCAAUGACGGCCAACAACCAGUUUUACCUCUGCUAUUAUUUGCCCUAAAAUCCUAUAGAAAGAACAUUACUUCCACUGACCCUCAUUUGAGGGAAAGGGAGACCCAAUUAUGGAGUCAAUUGGUACCUUAUUUCGUGAAAAGGAGAUUAACCACGCAAUCCAUUCUUCUACAUAACCAAGAUUUUUUCUUUGUCGUAGAAUCUGGAUUACUGAAAAUUGCACUCGAUUUACCUCAAGGUGUAGUUUAUGAAACCAUGUCUAACAGAACUUGUUGCGGCAAUAUCGUUGGUUCUGAUUACAAGUCCUCCGAAGAACAUAAAGUUACUAUUGUAACAGAGACUGACACCUGUUUAUGGCUGAUAGACGUUGAUGGGUUACAAAAGCUUAGAGCAGAGAAUUUACAACUGUACACUGAGCUGGUAUUACUGUGUCUACUAAUCAAGAGCAGAAGAUUCGAACAGCUUCUAGGUUACACUUUGGUAAGCGCUUAA